AUGGCGGAUUCAGCGACUGAUAGUAGCAACGCUAGUGCUGCCACCCCCGCAGCAGAAGCCACAAACUGGGUGAAGAAAACGGAAGACCAAGAAAUCUCUAAUUUGGUUGACAGUUUGAGUAAUGCCAUGAAGGACAAGGGGAACGAGGACAAACUUCAGGAAUCGUCUGUUGCGAAACCGGAAAAGGAUGAAGGUGCAACGCCUGUGCCCGAAAAUGGUGUUGCUACUGCGACCGCCGGAGUGCCAAAUGCAGGCCCAGAUGAGAUCGAAACUGUCAACCCGGCCGAUGCAAGUUUAUUGAUGAAAAUUAUACGCAAGGGCCUAGUCGAGUCUAAGCUAGAUUUGGAGGUUCAGCGUAAAGACCCGUCCUCGCCGUUACAUUCCGUUAAAUCAUUCGAGGCACUACAUCUGAAGCCGGAGUUGUUGCAGGGAGUGUACGCAAUGGGUUUCAACACGCCGUCAAAGAUUCAGGAAACGGCACUACCUACGUUACUGGCUGAUCCGCCACAGAAUAUGAUUGCGCAAAGUCAGUCUGGUACGGGAAAAACGGCCGCCUUUGUGCUGGCAAUGUUGAGCCGUGUCGAUCCGCGCAAACCAUACCCACAGGUCAUUUGUCUCUCACCGACGUACGAGUUAGCAAUCCAGACGGGGGAAGUGGCGGCCAAAAUGGCCAAAUUUUGCAAGGAAAUCAAACUGCGUUUUGCGGUUCGUGGCGAGGAACUUCCGAAGGGAAAAAAGAUAACAGACCACAUCAUCAUCGGGACACCCGGCAAACUGAUGGACUGGGGCAUCAAAUUCCGAGCGUUCGACUUGCGCAAGAUUUCCGUGUUUGUGCUCGACGAAGCUGAUGUCAUGAUUGCCACGCAAGGGCAUCAGGAUCAGUGCAUUCGAAUCCACAAACAGCUGUCGUCGUCCUGUCAGAUGAUGUUCUUCUCGGCGACAUACGAAAAGGAAGUGAUGGAUUUUGCCGAGUAUAUCGUGCCAAAUCCUAUCAUUAUUCGAUUAGCUCGCGAACAGGAGUCGCUCGAUAAUAUUAAGCAGUACUAUGUUAAGUGUAAGAAUCAGGACGAAAAGUAUCAAGCCAUUUCAAAUAUCUAUGGCGUGAUUACUGUUGGACAAGCUAUCAUUUUCUGUCAUACUCGAAAAACGGCAACAUGGCUUUCGGGCAAAAUGUCCUCAGAUAGACAUUCCGUAGCGGUGCUGUCCGGUGAACUAACAGUCGAACAGCGACUGGCCGUUUUGGACCGAUUCCGGGCCGGUUUGGAGAAAGUACUCAUUACUACAAACGUCCUAUCAAGAGGAAUUGAUGUGGAACAAGUGACGAUUGUAGUCAACUUUGACUUGCCGAUGGAUCAGCAUGGUCAUGCGGAUUGUGAAACCUAUCUGCACAGAAUCGGUCGCACAGGGCGUUUUGGCAAGAAUGGUAUCGCCAUUAAUCUCGUCGACAGUGAACAUAGUAUGGAAAUCUGUAGGACCAUUGAGGCACAUUUCCAGAAGAAAAUUCAGCUAUUGGAUGCAGAGGAUUCAGAUGAAAUUGAAAAAAUUGGCUCUUAAGCACACAUGAUUAGCUUGUUGCUUGCUAAAAACUAUAAACAAAUAUUGGACGAACGAAUUUGUUGCAAUAGCUUUGGCUUCGAAGAGCAUUUAUGUAUCGUGGAUGACCGGGCCUGAUGAAUUUGCACUUAUGCAUUAAAAGCCAGCGGGCAAGAAGCGGCUUUAUGAACUAUUAAAUUAAUUACUCUUAGCAA